CCACAUCCACUUGAUUUAUGUUUCCUGUCUCGGAGUCUUUAAAACUCCACAGCUGCUGCUUCUGGAUCAGUUCAGCCGACAUCAUGGUGUCACACAGAGACCUUCCUCUGGCUGCUGCCGUUUUUGUAUUCGCCCUUGUUUCACACAGUGAGGGCAUCAUCGGCGGCAGAGAGGCGGCUCCUCACUCUCGACCCUACAUGGCCUCAAUCCAGGUGCCAGAAGGAGAGAACAUGAAACAUGAGUGUGGAGGUUUUGUGGUGGCAGAUCAGUGGGUGAUGACUGCGGUGCACUGCAUGCCAACAGGGCCCAAUGGGAGGAAGGUGGUGCUGGGCGUCCACUCUCUGAGUGAAGCUGAGGACACGAAGCAGACCUUUGAUAUUCUGGAGCUUCACAAUCACCCCGACUUCAGCGAGUCAAAUUAUGACAAUGACAUCGCUUUAAUUAAGCUGGAUCGUCCAUUUAACGCCUCUGAGGCUGUUAAAGCGGUGGAGUUCCUGCGGGCGGGGGGAACCAACCCCGGCACAGACGCAGAGGUCGACACCGCCGGGUGGGGGUCCCUGGAUAACCUGGGCUCCAGACCAGACAAGCUGAAGGAGGUGGUCAUCGAGGUGGUCAGCUCGGCUCGCUGCAAACGCUCCGACUACUUUGGCAGGAAGUUCACCAGUAACAUGAUCUGUGCUCACAGAGUGUGUCCGGAGCCCUGCAACCAGCCAUAUAAGAAGGAGGACAGCUGUGACGGCGACUCUGGAGGUCCUCUGCUCUAUAACGGCAUCGUAGUGGGCAUCACGUCCAACGGAGGAAAGAAGUGUGGCCAAAUUAAGAAGCCUGGGAUCUACACCAUCAUCUCACACUACACUGAGUGGAUCGACAGCACCAUGGGCCUGCAGACCACCACACCAACCCAGAGCCGCUAGAUACAGAGCAGAUAUCACAGCAGUGUUUCCACCUCUGCCCUGCCUCUGCUCAGUCACUCAUUAUUCUACAUGUGGAUGAAGCUGAUGUGUUCAUAUGUUGUUCCUUUAUCAUUGUAACUAAAGCUGCAGACACAGAGCUCCUGUCACACACUGCACACAUCAAACAUCACUUUAUAAAGAAUCAAUAAAAUACAGCUGAUCACA